GUUUCCUGUAUUCUCUAGCGACCCAGCUAAAGACUGAAUUCCGUGAAGCUUUAAUUAAAGGCCUUCCAUUCCCAAUUCUAACAAUAGCUGAAUACUUAAGUCAGAAUAUGGAGGGAUUUUCUUGGGGUGGAAAAUAUCGAAAAGCAGGAUAUUAUACUUCCAUUUUGCUGUGGACAGCUUUUUCAGUGUGGAUGGUAAUGAAUAUUCUUUUGUGCAUGGUACCACGGUAUGGCGCUUACACUAUGGUACUCACCGGUAUUCUUAUCUUGUCAUGCAAUGGUCUUUAUGCUCUCAUGCUACCAAAGAUACCACUAAUCAUUCACUUUGAAAUGCAAGUGCUUACCUUUUCCUUUGGAUGGUGUUUCUGGGCUUUGAUGGGCGCUGGUAUACUAUCGGUCAUCGUUGGAACUGCAAUGUCCAUACUUGACAAUUUCUACCCAAACAAAUUCUCCACCAUCUUCGAAGUAGAUUAUGAUACUCCUUAUAGGUAUUUCGUUGGACAAGAUUCAACAGUCACAACAUCACCAACUCGGGAGCAUGCUUGCCUGCAGCCUUCAGCCCCUUUGAAACCCGUUCAAUUCUCCAUGAUUCAUACUCCAAAUACUUCAGGAGUCGGCCUUAUCAAUGAUGCUUUUGAAGAUGAUGAAGAUGAUGAGAAAAAUAAGGAAUACGGCACAAUCGUCAAUGGAAAAAGAGCUGUUAGCUUGAAAAAUUUUGGAAAAUUUGCUCAGAAAGAAGCUGGCAGGAGAAAACAACUAUCCUAUGUGCAAAGGAAAAUAAACAGUUUUUCUGGACCUCAUAAUUUCUCCCGUGGUAAAGAAGUAAACAUCGAUAUGAAUGCUGUUGCUGCCAUGUGGUAAAAGAAAUACCCAGAUGUGAUAAGUUUUGUCUUUGAGUCAGCCAACAAGUUAUGAUGUGAUAAGUCAGCCAACAAGAGAUGGUCUCCUUCACUGAAAAUUAAAGAACUUGAUAAAGUAAAGAACAAGGAAUGGAGUCUUAAUCUAUUCUGCAUUAUUUAUGUCAUUCAUAUGAAGGAAUAACGGCGAAAGCCAAGAAAUGGACUUCUUGAUAACUAUGCAGUCGAUGGUUUCUCGCCUUUUUAUGCUUACAUAAUAUGAAAUGUGACUCUCACAUAUGAAACGCACAUAAUACAAAAAAUGACAUCACAUAUAUGAAAUGUGAAUCAUUUUUAACAUAAUUUUUUCAAAGAAGUAAUCUUUCCCAGAAAUUGUACAAAUUUUAUGUGGAAAAAAAAUAUUUAAAAAGAAAGGACAAAAAUUAUUGCUAUUUAAGAAUAUAUAAUAAACCCUAAAAAAAGUAACUAGUGUGAGUCAGUCUUUUGCCAAGAUAAUGAAAUGUGAUUGCAUUUUUCACAUCUUGAGAAAUCAUCAAUUGCAGUUGCAUGAAUUCAUUUACUGAUGAUUUAGCGUUAUGAGAUUGUAAUAUUUUUACUAAAGUAUUUUAAACGGUUAUCUGUUAAAGAAAAUAUUUUACAAAUCCUUUUGUAAUUAGAUGUAUCUUAAAAUUAUUUUCCAAAGAAAUUAUGUAUGCCAAAUAAUCGUGUUUUAACUGUGAAAAUUGUGCUGUGAAAGUUGUAAUUUUUAUUGUCAAUUUUAGAAACGCUUAAAGCUGUGCUUUAAUUGCUAGUCAAUGUUUGACGAUGGCACCAGUUUUCUUUCUCAAAUUUUGUAAUUUACUGAAUAAAAUAUUUUGUAAAUAAUUUGGAAA